AUGAUAAAAAUCAUUGCAGAGAAAAGCGAGAACAACAACAGACUGACACCCACGCAAUGUUGGCAGGCCCCAUGUCUGACCCUUCCUCAGGCUGAGCCUGGCCACUUCCCCCCAGUCCUGGCUCUGGGGACCUACCCUGCCCCAAAACGGAAGGUUGGAUCCAUUUUGGCCAGUGGGGAUCAUGCGGUGUGUCCGGCGGGUGCUGAUUUAAUAUCUCUUCCAGAAAAACACUUGGUCCUCCUUCGAGAUGGUAGAACACUAAUAGGAUAUUUACGGAGCAUCGAUCAGUUUGCAAACCUGGUGUUGCACCAGACGGUGGAGCGCAUUCAUGUGGGCAAAAAGUACGGCGACAUCCCUCGAGGCAUCUUCGUGGUGAGAGGCGAGAACGUCGUCCUGCUGGGAGAAAUCGACCUGGAGAAGGAGAGCGACACGCCGCUGCAGCAGGUGUCCAUCGAGGAGAUCCUGGAGGAGCAGCGCGUGGAGCAGCAAGCCAAGCAGGAGUCGGAGAAGCUGAAAGUGCAGGCGCUCAAGGAGCGGGGUCUCUCCAUCCCGCGGGCAGACACUCUGGAUGAGUAUUAGACGUCCUGCCCGUCGGGCGAGUCGUCGUGUCCGAGCAAGCAGGGCUCCUGCGUUUAGCCCGCGGUUGGCCAGAGGGUGCGGGGGUCUGAGCGGAAAGGCUGGGUUGGAUUUCAUUUGGGCUUCUCUGUUUUCCGGGCGCAGCGGCUCUCUAGCAAUCAUGUCACUGUCUUCACCAAAUCCCAGUGUGUGAGGGAUGAAGGGGUCUGAAGAGCCUGCGCCCCGGGGCAGCGCCGAUGGGCGUGCGGGAGCCAAAUCUUAAGUUUGUUUUGUUUUCACAUGUGACUUUGGGGGGAAGUGCCCCUCAGCAUGGAAAUAAACCCUGGGCCCUGCCAGUGUAGUCCGCA